AUGGAUAUUUCACCACGAGCUCCUUCUUCUCAAAACGUUGUUUCAAGAAGACAACAACAACAUCUUGUAGAUAUAAAUCUAUUUCUCCUACUUCUAAUUCUCGCUUGGUCCAUCACGUUUCUAUUUCGACGACAAAUUCAAAAUCCCAACGUUCACUGUGCAACUAUUAUUGGGAUUAUCAUCGCAGUUUGCACGUAUGUUUUCAGAAUUUUUGAAUUUUCAGCCAAAAAAAAAAUCAAAUUACAGAAAUCCUCGAUAUUAUAACGAAGUAUCCGAAGACGUGCUGGAAUUUGUCGGAGCUUUGCUACAGCUAAUGAUAAGUUUUUUGGUUAUAGAAAUGAAUCGAGGAGCAUCUCGUAGACAAAUUCUUCCUGCAACUUUGCAACAAAAUCAGGAGACAAAUAAUUAA